AUGCCAAGUUUUGUACAAACACAACAGUAUGAGAGUUCAUCGGAAUCCGACGAUACGAUGGAUCAGCAGAAUGUUCAAGAAAAGACAAAAAUUAAACUUAACUUUGACUGGAUAAGAGACAAAUGCUUUUCUAAUGAUACAGACGCUCAAAUAGCAAUUAAACGAGAAGAACAAUGGAGUCGAUAUUUUACUAGCAAAGUUCAAGAUGGAGUUAAAGUUCAUUACCGCUGUAAUAAAGUUAAGUUUCGUGGCACACAAUGUAAUGCCGCAAUUUAUCUCUUUUAUCCGCACAAUAGUGAUGAAGUUAUAUUAUUUCGUGCAAAUAAUGAGCAUAACCAUACUGAUUCAAGUAAACGUUAUUUCUUCUCUGAAGAAAUGAAACAAAAUAUCCAGGAACUGUUUGAUAUGAGAUUAAAGCCAAAGAAAAUAUAUGAAGUAUUGGAAGAGAAAAAUUUCAUGAUAACACGUAAUCAAGUGAACAAUUAUUUAACACAAUUACGUAAACAAAAAUUUGGUCCUUCUAGCUUAAGCUUAGGAGAAUUGGAAUCUUGGUGUCAAGAGAAACAUACAGUACCACAAUCUGACGAUGAACCAUUUGUAGUUUCUUUUCAUAUUCAUUACGAAGAUGAUAGUGACGACGAUGAUGAAGACGUCGUCGAUGAUGGUAUGGCUAUAACAUCCGCUUAUAUGGCUAAAUAUAUUGUUCGAGAUAUUGUUACUUAUGUUGGUCCAGCUAAAGAUGUAAUGUCUCUAGCUAAAGUAGAAAUCAGUCUUACUGCUGUUCCUGAAGGCAAAAAUGUUGUAUUUGAAUGGCGUAAUAAACCGAUAUUUGUUCGUCAUCGUACACCACAAGAAAUAGCAAGAGAACAAGGUGUUAAUGUUGUGCAACUACGUCAUCCACAAAAUGAUUCUGAACGAGUACAAAAACCUGAAUGGCUUAUUGUUAUUGGUAUUUGUACUCAUCUUGGUUGUAUUCCAAUUGCAAAUGCUGGUGAUUACGGUGGCUAUUAUUGUCCUUGUCAUGGCUCACAUUAUGAUGGCUCGGGACGAAUACGUAAAGGACCAGCACCACUCAACCUUGAAGUUCCUCAAUAUGUAUUCAAAGAUGAAAAUACUGUUAUCAUCGGUUAG